AUGGCAGUGGAAAGAUCACUGAACCUCCUCUUCCUCUUCUUCAUCGUGCAAGAUCUGGUCCCGAAGCCCCACGUGGGGGCCACCACCAGCGGCGACGCCCAGCAGUGCAACGCCACCCUCAACUGCUCCGUGUCCCUCCAAGGGGUCACCUACGAGUGGAUCCCGCUCCAGAAUCUCCCGAGGAACGACGGCCCCGUCCUGAGCGUGUCCUUCAACCCCGCCGUGGAGACCUACGUGUGCCGGGUCAGCAACCCCGUGUCCUCCAACAACGCCUCGCUGACCUACCGGCCGCCCUGCAGCUGGACAGAACCCCCGAGGCUGGAGCCCCCCAAAAUCCCCCCAAAACCGGGGGAGGAGCUGAAGGCAAGCGGAAGAGACCACGUCACGGAGAAUGGCGAGGGUUCCGGUUCCUUUUCCUGA